UUGCUUGGCUUGUUCUUGAGACCGCGGAUGUCUUUAGAGCUAAUUUCUCUCUUCCAGCAUUGCAGUCUGUGCCUGCUUCUUAUAUUUUUUGUUUGUUUUCUGAGCCGUGCAGCCAUUUCAAAACGAGUUGUUCCUCAACGUGAUCUUCUGCUUGUGGCUCCUACACUUGCGUGGGUGACUGGACUUCUUUGUUUGACUUGAACUGUUGUGGUUUGUACCCUUUAGCUAAGGGUAGAAACAAAGUAAUGGUCGGUAGUCGAUGGUAGCGAUUGAUGUUACAAUAAAACGGCGAUGAUACAGUAAAGCAGUCUCACAGUAGCUAAAGAAGGCAGUCCUGCAUUUGGGUUGUCGUUCUCAAGCACUACUGCUUGUCUGACCACAGAAUAAGCUGGAUCAGCGUUUGUACUGGCAGUUAAGUAACCUACAAAGGAGAAAGAAAUACGUUGAACUGACUUGCCUUGAAUGUAGGCGGGUGUUCCAGAAGGGAGCGUUGGGGACCUGCAGCUGAAGCCGAGCCAUUAAGAUGAAUGGCUUGUAUUUGUGCCCUGUUAGUCCUCCCUUCUUCUGGCAGGGAACAGCUUGCAUGUAUUUUAAACGCUUUUACCUCAAUAACUCAGUGAUGGAGUAUCAUCCUCGGAUAAUAAUGCUAACGUGUGCGUUUUUGGCCUGUAAAGUAGAUGAAUUUAAUGUAUCCAGUGCACAGUUCGUUGGUAACCUUCGAGAAAGCCCUCUUGGACAGGAAAAAGCUCUUGAACAAAUACUGGAAUAUGAACUGCUGCUUAUUCAGCAACUGAACUUCCAUCUCAUUGUCCACAAUCCAUACCGGCCAUUUGAGGGAUUUCUAAUCGAUUUGAAGACUCGAUACCCAGUGCUGGAAAAUCCUGAAGUUUUGAGGAAAACAGCUGAUGACUUCCUCAGUCGAGUGGCUCUGACAGAUGCAUAUCUGCUCUUUACUCCCUCACUGAUAGCUCUCACUGCCAUAUUAUCUAGUGGUUCAAGAGCAGGAAUUAAUAUGGAAAGCUAUUUAUCAGAGAGUCUUAUGCUGAAAGAGAACAGAUCAACCUUAUCCAGACUACUAGAUGACAUGAAAUGCAUGAAAAAUCUCAUCAAGAAGUAUGAACUGCCAAGGGCUGAAGAGGUUGCUGCUCUGAAACAGAAAUUAGAGAAGUGUCAUACCUUUGAGCUUGCACUUAAUACAAACCCGAAGAGUGGACUGAUGAUGAUCUUGUGGAUUCUGCAUUACCUUAAAGGAAGAUGGACUCCUACCCCUCCAGGAACAAAUUUGGUGCCAGGUGUGACCCUACCUGCCACAGGUUCUUUAUAUUCUGUGUCAUACAGUUUUUAUGCUUUCAGUGUUUAUCUUGGAAAAAAAGCCUGUUACUUUGUUAAAAUAAAAUUAGUUGUGGUUCCUUUAAACCCUCAUCCAUGAAAGGUCAAGUAUUAGCAAGAAAUACUUGCUUUUAGAAAUCUGGCACUCGUUUGUGGUUCGGGAACAGUUUGCUGCGCGUGAAGUGUAGUGUUAGAGCAUGGCAGCCACUAAUUUGUUUCAUUUUCAUAUACCCCAUUGAAACAUAAACAGUUCUACAAUACACACACUUAAAUGCAGCUUUGGGCGUUGCCCAGUUUGAUUUUCUUUGCUGCAUUUUGUAUGUAACAGGUAGAUUAACCAGGCAUCUCUGUGCUCAACAAUUUUUUUUUACCAUGUUGUACUGCCUACAGCCAGCCACCUCAAUCCACAAAAUAAUCCAUUUUAUAAACUCUGUUAAGAUCUAAGUACGGCAGAAUGAGAGAUUGUUAAUUACUUACUCCUCUCAGAUGCAGUUUAAUACAGACUUCACAGGGUUAUGGGACAAUCUAAAAAAAGACUUCUGUGGUACCAAGGUCUUGCAAACAGAUGUGUUGUCACUAUGGAGAGCAUCAUCUAUGCCUGCGGAGUGCAGUACUUGCAACACUUGGGAGCUCUCAGCUGUAGCACUGGACUCAUUUCAAGGAAGCAGUUCAGCUGGACACCAGGGUCAGCACAGCAGAGCCACUAUAAUACUACAGCAAAGACCUAAAAGUAAAGUCUCUGAUUUCAUGUGACAGUGAAUUGAAAAAGCAGUUCUGAUAGACAGGAGAACCAGCAGUGUAGGUGUUCUAAGUAAUAAAAUUAUUUGAUUAUCUCAGUCUUGUAAUUGAAUCUCAGCAUCCUGUUAUGCCCUAUUAUUAGACCACUGUCUAGAAAAGUAGCACAUGGUGAUGCUGCAGUGCCCUCUGAAUCAACAGCACAUUUUACUUUUCAUUUUUUUAAACACUCUGUGGCAGUGCCAUGGGCAAGGACACCUUCCACUAAAUCAGGCUGCUCCAAGCCCCAUCCAGCUUGGCCUUGAAGGCUUCCAGGGAUAGGGCAUCCCCAGCUUCCCUGGCACUGUGCCCGUGCAUCACCACACUCAGAGGGAAGAAUUUCUUUUUAUUAAAUCUCAACCCACCCAGGAUGUUUUAACAUCUACUUUCUCACCUUGUCAUGUACAAAGUAAGGCGUAUGGACAAGGUAAUGCUGUUUUGAGGAUUUAUGCUGAAAAAGUGACAGUGUGAACAUUUUAAAGUACACCACAUGUAGAGACACUAAAAAAUUUCCACAGCAGCCAAAGUUAGCAAGUUUCCAUACAGUUGAUACGCAGCUUGAUUUAUUUUAAAAACUCAUUUUUCACUUAUAAAAAUAAUAUUUAUGCUAGACUUACAGUACACAAAAGACCAAACAAUACCUAUUUUAUAAAAUGGUUUAAUGAACGCAUGCAUGUCUGAUACAAUGAUCAAUAAAUUUACUGAAUUCAAAUUAUUUACUGUUGUAAACAUUUUACAAAAGCAUUGUGAUUUAUCCGGAUAUACAGUUCUUGAUGGAAGAACUAUUCAGACUGAAUCAGUGGCACAUCAAAAAAAUAAAGCUGACAAGACCCAUUCUGCAUAUUCUCUUUCCACAUAAUUCCAGCGAGAGAAACAGUAUGGUAUAAAAAGUGUACAGUAAAGAUUUUUCCUACCAUAACAUCAGAUUCUGAAAACUGUAAAUACAAGUUAAAAGUGGUUGAAACAGUCAAAAGUCAUAAUUAUUGUCACCACUCAGAAAUUACAGUAAGAAAUGUUAUCCAGUUAUAGGUGGUUGUCAGAAUGACACAUUUCUUCUCAUGUCAGUUGAUAAUUGUUUUCCAACCAGACAGCAAAAACUUUGGCAAUCAGAGGUGCUGAAAAUAAUUUUCAAAGUCCAAGACACAGUCACAGCAUUUUCACUGCGGAGGGUGAACUCUACACCAAGGCUCAGAGGUUGUGAAAACUGUUUCCAAGUGGAAAAAAAAAGUGCAAAUGUCCUGCACAGAUAGCUUAAAAAAGCUGCUGGUACAAUUAUUCACCAGCAGGAUCUUUGUUUUCUUUUUGCAUAGUUCACACAUCACUGGGAACGUGACAGGGUGUGCUGUUUUUGGCAAGAGCAAGAAGAAAGUGGUACUGGUCUGAGUUGCCAUGUCAGGCAUGCUGGAUCCAUGCAGAAUGCAGGUAGAGGGCUGCUACCUGAUGUUGUUAGACACUGAAUACUGAUUUUGCUUUUGUUGUAGCAGUUCAGUAAUGGCCAAAAGCUUCUUAAGAACAUGCUGUAGAGAGAGAGUCAGUAAACCACACAUUAGCUAUUGGAAACAGAACUGUCCUCCCUGAGCAGCAUUUUCAGCAUCUGCCCAUCAGACCUGUGAGUAGGUAGUUUAAAUAUAUUAAAAAUAAUUAAAAAAAAAGGAGGCAGAGAAAGCAUACAGGUGUUUGCCAAGUUUACAGGUGUACAAGUGUACUGGCAAACUAGUAAGGAUAAAUGAGGUAUUAAAAGAAAGCUAAUUUAGUUCUCAACUGAAAAAAACCCAAGAUCUGAAAACCAAUGACCCAGAGAGCCUGUCAGGAUAUAGUAAUUUUGUGUGUUUAAGGCCAGAAACUAAAACUUCCUCUGAAAACUCAAAAAAAUACCCCAAUUUGGUUUUGCUGCAUGAAGAAACAAAACUAUGGACUAAGUAUUUAUCUUCACAGCUAAUAACCUCCUGGUGAAAUGCCAGUAUUUUAAAAUGUUUAUCAGUCACACUGCUACAGAAAUACUACAAAAGAAUCCCAGUACUGAGGAGUAUCUCUGGACAUGCCACCUGUACCUGUGAUGUGCUUACUAACCCUGCCUGGUGUUACCUUACCUGCAUCACACCUCGCUCAUUGCUGAGCGUCCGGAGCUCAUCCGAGUGUGCCACGCAGAUCUCGUGCAGGGCUGCCAGAUCCCGGGACAGGUCAGUCCGAGAGUGCUCUGUAGUGUCUGGGAGCUCGGGAACAUUCUUCAACAGAACAAAACAGAUUUAGGAUGCCAAGACCAAUUUUGGUCUUUCCAGCUAAAUCUCCAGUCCAUCUUUCUUGUUGUGUAUUAUAGAGCACUGGGCAAUCACCAACCAUAUGAAGUUCAACAAGGGGAAGUGCUGGAUUCUGCACCUGGGAUGGGGCAGCCAUGGAUGUAGGUAAAGAACAGGGAAUGAGAUGCAGGAAAGCAGUGCCAUGGAGAGGGACCUGAGGGUCCUGGUCGAUGACAAGUUGCAUAUGAGUCAGCAGUGCCCUGGCAGCCAGGAGCCAACUGUGUCCUGGGGGCCAUCAGGCACAGCGUUGCCGGCUGGGCGAGGGAAGGGAUUGUCCUGCUCUGCUCUGCAUUGGGGCAGCCUCACCUUGAAUAUUGUGGCAGUUUUGGGUACCUCAAUACAGGAAAGAUAUUAAGGUAUUAGAGAGUGUCCAAAGGAGGGGACUGAAGAUGGUGAAGGGCCUUGAGGGGAAGCCUUAGGAGCGGCUGAGGUCACUUGGUAUGUUCAGCCUGGAGAAGAGGAGACUGAGGGGAGACCUGACUGCAGUUACAGCUUCCUCGUGAGCGGAAUAGGAGGGGGCAGGCACUGAUCUCUUCUCUGUGGUGACCAGUGACAGGACCUGAGGGAAUGGUCUGAAGUUGUGUCAGGAGGUUUAGGUUGGAUAGUAGAAGAGGUUCUUCACCCAGAGCGGUGAACUACAAUAUACAGAAUGCAUGCAGUGACACUUUUGGCAAUGCUAACCAAGAUUCGACCUAGUAAUUUUUAAACCAAAAAUUAAUUUCCAUUUCUGGUCAAAACCAUGUGACAAAUUAGACAUAAAAAUUUUUGGUUUAAAACAUGUUUUUAAAGGUUUGUAUUGCUGGCCAAAAUUUCUAGUCUCAUGGCUAUAAAAUCUAUUUUGAGCUUCUCACAUUUACAGAGGCACUAAAUUAAUAAAGUCUAGGAAGAUAUUUGAUGGUUUUAAUUCCAUGUAACAGACAAGCAAUCUGUAGUCUCUAAACGUGUAUUAAAAAAUGUAUUCAGUUAUAAGGAUUCAAAAUUAAUGCACUUUUGAGCUAGUUAAUAAGAAGUGUAAAGAAUUUUAAUUUAAAAUGCUGCUAUGUAACUUCAAUAAAUAUUUUUUUAACCACUUACCCCAAGUUCAUCCAAGAACAUGAUCAUGCGAUGUUUGUUGCUCUUGAUGAAUGGAUUUACCCCUUCCAUAUAUGGCUCCUGGUAAUUUUAAAGAGCAUUCAUUAACAAAGUAAUGCCAAGAUAAUUGUCACAUCUGAAGGGAACACAGCACAGUCAAGCAAAUGACACUGCAAAACAAGUAUGUAAACUGGAAUAAUGUUAUCUUUUUUCAAGAGAAUUUCUAAUGUCUGGUGUGCAACCAGACAAAAGAAUACAGAAUUCAGUAUUUUCUUGUAUCCAGAAGAUUGACAAUCUCCGAUUCAGAAUUUUUCUUACACAUGGAUACCAGUAUGAAUUUGCAUUAAGAUGAGUGUCUCUCAAUACCUGGCUGCAAUGAACAGAUGCUCUACUUUCAGAGGCAUGAUCAGGAAUAAGUGUCUCCCUUCUUGUUUUUUUUUUUAUUAACUCUUACAUUCCAGGUUCUGUGUGUCAGAGAAAUAACUGUAAUGCCAGCCUGCGGUCAUGUUAAUUAUGCGUACAUCAACAAAGUUCUUUUUAGCAAUGUUUCAGCCUGGGAACUGAGAUAGACCAGUUAAUGCUGGCAUUCUCUUAGUCUUAUAAUUGAUACUUUAUUGAAAGCUUGGGCUUUUUAGUGCAAUAUGUACACUUGACUUACACCAUUAAUUAUGUCUAGCUGUAUGACAGUGAAUACAGAUAGAGUUUGAGGUGCUCUUCCGCAGAAAAGUGGAGUGAUAAAUCCGAGGUCAGAGUGGGGUAGGAGAAAAAGUCAGAGGUUCAGCAUGAGAAAAUAGCAACAGAUUUUUGCAUGCAUUACACAAGUACAUGUAAAAAUGUACUGGAAACACAGUUCCACAUUGUCCUCUUUGUGUAAAAUUAUACUCACCUUAGCUCCAAAUUCAACAAGAUUUGCUAAAUUCUGCACAGACUUGGCGACCAGCGUCAGCGUUCUUGCAGCAGUGGGGGAAGGAGAAUCUGGCAGGAUUGCAAAAUAGAGAGUUACUGGCCAUUCAUUUAAAAUUAAUAGCAGUCACACAUAAAAAGAGUUCUUUUCCCAUUCAUAUUUUUAAUGAUGUAUCUUUAACAUUAUAUAAAUAUAAAGUAAUUUUAAUAGUAUAACAUCAUGUGAAAGAUGUCACUUGAUGAAAUAAAACAAGUUGCUUUAAUGAUGUCCAAAAAAAACUUGUUAAUCUGACUUUUUACACCUGCAGUCACGGUGCAACCCAAAUUAGGAGGUACCUAACUUGCAAACUACUCGAAGAUAAUAAAAUGCUAAAGAAAGGAUCCAGGCCGUGUUUCUCAAAUGCUUUCUCCAAAGCAUGUACAGAAAUUAUUACUGUGUGAGAGAAAGAAAGAAACUCUGUUCAAGCCAGUUCUUCUCAUUUAAUACAGCUUAAAGACUGAUGAUAGAAAACAUGCUACAUUGUCUUAAAAACUGUCUGUGAAUAAAGAAAACAAGCUUUUCUGAA